AUGUGCCACGGGAUCCUGUGCUGGCAGAGGAGCCCACGCUGGGCCUGUGGGAUCAUUUCUGUUCCAGAUGCAUUCCCUGACCUGGCCACCAAGGUGGGCAUCAAGGAGAACCUGAAGGAUGAAAUCAUCAACUACGAAUUCAAGACCUCCUUCUUUGAUAUCUUUCUCUUGGCUCUGUUCCGUUUUGUCGUGCUGCUCUUGGGCUACGCUGUUGUCCGCCUGCGCCACUGGUGGGUCAUCGCGGUCACUACACUGGUAUCCAGUGCCUUCCUGAUUGUCAAGGUCAUCCUCUCCGAGCUUCUGACCAAAGGGGCUUUUGGGUAUUUACUUCCCAUCGUCUCGUUUGUCAUUGCUUGGCUGGAGACCUGGUUCCUGGAUUUUAAAGUCCUCACUCAGGAAGCAGAAGAGGAACGAUGGUUCCUGGCAGCCCAGGCUGCAGCCUCGAGGCCGCUGCUGUACCCCCGAGCCCUCUCUGAGGGACAGUUCUACUCCCCACCCGAGUCCUUCGCAGGCUCAGACAACGAGUCUGAUGAGGAAGGUGUGGGGAGGAAGGCCUUGACAACUCAGGAAAAGGAGUAUGUCCGACAAGGCAAAGAGGCCAUGGAGGUUGUGGACCAAAUCCUCGCCCAGGAGGAGAACUGGAAGUUCGAGAAAAACAAUGACUUUGGUGAUGUUGUUUACACUUUUGAAAUCCCUUUCCACGGCAAGACCUUUAUUUUAAAGGCUUUCCUGCAGUGCUCCCCUGAAACGGUUUACCAGGAGGUGAUUUUGCAGCCCGAGAAGAUGAUCCUGUGGAACAGAACAGUGGCAGCUUGCCAGAUCUUGCAGCGGAUCGAGGACAACACGAUCGUCUCGUACGACGUGGCGGCCGGAGCUGCCGGCGGGGUGGUGUCCCCCAGGGAUUUCGUGAACGUGCGUCGGAUCGAGAGGAGGAGGGACAGGUACGUUUCCUCAGGGAUAUCGACCACGCACAGCCUGAAGCCUCCGCUCUCCAAGUACGUCAGGGGUGAGAACGGACCUGGAGGAUUCAUCGUCCUGAAAUGUCCCAGCAAUGCCAAGGUCUGCACCUUCAUCUGGAUUCUCAACACAGAUCUGAAGGGUCGCCUGCCCCGCUACCUGAUCCACCAGAGCCUGGCUGCCACCAUGUUCGAGUUCGCCUUCCACCUGCGCCAGCGCGUGGCCGAGCUCUGCUCCAGGCCCUGAGGACAUUCCAGCGGCCUCUCCGCUCCGUGGGGACGGGGACAGGACCCCGCACCCCCCCAGCGAGGGGUCCCCCCUGCCAGCCGGGGGGGCUCAGCCCCUUGUCCCACCACGGUUGCCCCCCGAAGUUUGGGGCUCUGCACCCGACUGUUCCGUGCCAAAUCCCUGCCCACCCCGGGGGGCUGGGGCUGCCCCCGCUGCCCACGAAGGGGUUGGGGGCUCAGCGGGCACCCCCAGAUCGCUGCGGCUGCGCCCCAAUUCCCUGAGGAAGAGGGCACAGAGGUGGUGGCCGUGACAGCGAGGACUCUGUGCCGGGCUCUGUGCCAGGCUCUGUGCCAGGCUCUGCCCCUCCACCAGCGGGUGGAGGCACAAUCUGUGACCCCCCACCCCCACCGUGACCCCGGGGUGGGGGGCACAGCGCCGGGGACCCCCAAACCUCCCCCGGGCGCUGGCCCAGCCCCUUCCUCCCUUCCCAGACGUGCAGCUCCCGGUGGAGCCAGCGCGGGAUUCGCCUUAAGCAGAGACUUGGAUCCUUUUUUGGGGUGCUGGGGGGGGGUUGGGGGUGUGGGGGUGACUGCAGCCCCCCCCGGUCUCUCUGCACCCCCCGGGGGUCUGGGGGUCAGCCCCCCACCCCCAAAAUCUGUGUGGGCUGAAUUAAAGCCUUGCACCAUUUGCA